CAUUAUCCAUCACGUCAGAUUACAUCCACCCACCUCUUCCCAUUACACACUUUACUUUUCCAUUUACGAUGUAUUUUCUCCAUAGCUUAUUCAUCUUCAAGAACUCACAAAUCUGCUCCGAUUAAUUUGUUCAUAGGUUUUCCACUUUCUUCCUAACCAUAAUCCCAUAUAUCGUUGUAAUCAGAUGUCGUUCGACAGAGACGACCCUCUGGGUUAUGUGUCCGAUUCCGAGGUUGAAGAGGAUGAAAUCAAAUCAGAUGCUGAGUCCUGGGCUGGUGUUCGAGCUGUAGAAGGGAUUCCGAUCUCAUCUCAUCUCUAUUGGAGUCCAGAAAUGCAGAAGCGGCUUGAUGAAUUUAUAGUGACGUACAUAUUACCCCAAAAGAUAGGUACCCCUAAAAUCCCUGUUAAAAUUGAAGAAUUGAUCGUUGAAGAUAGCGAAUGUCAUCUUGAUUAUGUGUCUGAUUCCGAGGUUGAAGAAGAUGAAAGCAAAUCAGAUGACCCUUGCGCUACCGUUCGAGCUGUAGCAGGAAACCAAAGUUUCAUUCCAAGCUCUUGUUAUCCCCGUUGCAGUCCAGAAAGCCAGAAAAGGACGGAAGAAUUCAUAGCCAACUCUUUGGAGAAGUGUAUUUAAUUUUUCUUUGUGGUCCGCACAUGGCCACAUGGGUCUGUAACAUUGUGUAGAAGUACAAUUACUUUUGGAAUGACUUGACCUUUACUUUUAGAAGUAAAGGCGUAUUAAGCAAUCAACUACCCUUAAAUUUAUUUGCUUUAAUUGAAUAUGGCUCUCUUUAAUUACUUCUUUAUCAGUUUGUAUUGGUACUAGACGAUAAACCCGUGCGUUGCACGGGAAAUCUAGGAACCCUUUGGUGAUCUAUAUAUGUUUACGGUUUAUCAAACUUAUCAACCAUUUUAGUUUUUUCUCAUAUUUCGUAUAAUUUUUUAUGAGACAAAGGGAU